AUGCCUGAGCUAGCUGAAGUCUCGCGCAUCGUCCACUUCAUUCGUCAACAUCUUGUUGGCAAGACGCUUUCCAAAGUAUCUACGCAGAACGAUGACAUCGUAUACGGCAAAGCUGGCACGAGUGGCUCUGAGUUUCAGAAAGCCAUGGAGGGCAAGAAAGUAGUGGGUGCGGGACAGCAGGGGAAAUACUUUUGGAUUGCCAUGUCCUCACCACCGCAUCCCGUCAUGCAUUUUGGUAUGACCGGUUGGCUCAAGAUAAGGAAUGCCGACACGUAUUACUACAGAACAGACAAGCCAGAGGAUAAGGAGUGGCCACCGAAAUACUGGAAGUUCUUACUCGAAACCGACGGAGACCCCAAAACGGAAGCUGCAUUUGUCGACCCCCGCAGACUUAGCAGGAUAAGGCUCGUGGAUUGUCCUGCGGAGGAGAUUCGCAAGUACAGCCCUCUCAAAGAAAACGGCCCAGAUCCGGUGGCCGACAAAGAGGCGGUGUCGGAGAGCUGGCUGGGAGACAAGUUGAAAAGCAAGAAGGUACCAAUAAAGGCUCUUCUUCUGGACCAAGCCAAUAUAAGUGGUAUUGGCAAUUGGAUGGGCGACGAAAUCCUGUACCAUGCGAGGAUACACCCCGAACAGUACAGCAAUUCUCUUAAUGAUGAUCAAAUAAAAAAGCUUCAUUCCUCCCUUCAUUAUGUCUGCUCAACGUCGGUGGAUCUGCUAGCAGACUCGGAGAAAUUCCCUGAGGAUUGGCUCUUCAAACAUCGAUGGGGAAAGGGAAAGAAAAACACGCCGUCUGUUUUACCCAACGGUGAAAGGAUCACGUUCCUUACUGUUGGUGGUAGAACCAGCGCCGUCGUCCCUAGUAUGCAAAAGAAAACAGGGCCGGUGACCAAAGGUGCCAGUGGUGAAGAUACUAGCGACACGCAAAGCAACUCCAAGAGGAAGCGAGCAGAAGCCAAGGAGGAAGGGGGUGAUUCGGAGGCAGUGCCCAAAUCUAAGAAAACGCCCAAACCUCCUGUCCAGCCUCCAGUCAAGGAAGAGAAUGAAGAGAAAGCUACAGGUUUAGGGCGACGACGCUCGACGCGCUCGAGGAAGUGA